AUGCCCCUCAGCCUCUUCCGACGCCUUCUUCUUGCCGCUCUCCUGGUGGCGAUCGUCUGGACCCUCUUUGGGCCCUCGGGGAUAGGGGAGGAGCUGCUGAGCCUCUCGCUAACCUCCCUGCUUCCAGUCCCAGCCUCGCCAGGGCCGCCCCUGGCCCUGCCCCGCCUCUUGAUCCCGAACCAUGAGGCCUGCGGUGGUCCCGGCGCCCCUCCCUUCCUGCUAAUCCUGGUGUGCACGGCCCCGGAAAAUCUGAACCAGAGAAACGCCAUUCGGGCCUCGUGGGGCGGACUGCGCGAGGCGCGGGGGCUCAGGGUACAGACGCUUUUCCUGUUGGGAGAGCCCAAGGAGCAGCACCCUUCCUUGGGCCCCCACAGCAACGAACUGGCCAGGGAGUCAGCAGCCCAGGGGGACAUCUUGCAGGCGGCCUUCCAGGACUCCUACCGCAACCUCACCCUCAAGACCCUCAGCGGGCUGAACUGGGCCAACAAACACUGCCCCAUGGCCCGCUACAUCCUCAAGACAGACGACGAUGUGUAUGUCAACGUCCCUGAACUGGUAUCAGAGCUGGUCCUUCGAGGAGGCGGCCGUUGGGAGCAAUGGGAAAGGGUCAUGGAGCCCCAGAAAGAGGCUGAGGUUGGAGAUGAAAAGCCAGGAGGCCAGGCCUUAGGGGGAGAGGCAGUGCCUCUUCUGUACCUGGGCCGUGUGCACUGGCGAGUGAACCCCUCUCGGACACCAGGGGGCCGGCACUGUGUAUCAGAGGAGCAGUGGCCUCACACCUGGGGCCCCUUCCCACCCUAUGCCUCCGGCACAGGGUAUGUGCUGUCAGCUUCGGCUGUGCAGCUCAUUCUGAAGGUGGCUAGCCGGGCACCCCCUCUGCCAUUGGAGGACGUCUUUGUGGGGGUAAGUGCCAGACGAGGAGGCCUCGCCCCAACCCACUGUGUCAAGCUGGCUGGCGCCACUCACUACCCCCUGGACCGGUGCUGCUAUGGGAAAUUCCUGCUGACAUCCCACAAGUUGGACCCCUGGAAAAUGCAAGAAGCCUGGAGGCUGGUGGGCGGCUCUGAUGGGGAAAGGACUGCGCCCUUCUGCUCCUGGCUCCAGGGUAUACUGGGCAUCCUGCGGUGUCGAGUAAUAGCCUGGCUUCAUAGCUGA